AUGGCCACUAUAAAACUCAACGACGGAAACGAAAUGCCCCAGGUGGGCUUCGGGUGCUGGAAAGUCGAUAAGGACACCUGCGCCGACCAGAUCUUCAAUGCCAUCGAAGUGGGCUACAGAUUGUUUGAUGGAGCCCAGGACUACGGCAACGAAAAGGAAGUUGGCGAGGGUAUCAACAGAGCUUUGAACGAAGGCAUUGUAGCACGUGACGAGUUGUUUGUCGUCUCCAAGUUGUGGAACACCAACCACGCUCCAGAGCACGUCGAGGAGGCUUUCAACCAGGUGUUGAGUGACUAUAAGCUCGACUACUUGGACUUGUUCUUGAUCCACUUCCCUGUGGCUCUCAAGUACGUGCCCCCUUCUGAGAAGUACCCUGCGGGUCUCACAGGCACUGAGGACGACAAAUUGCGCUACGAGAAUGUGCCUAUUUUGGACACCUGGAGAGCUAUGGAAGCGCUUGUCAAGAAGGGCAAGGUCAAGUCCAUUGGUAUUUCCAACUUCACCGGUGCAUUGAUUGACGACUUACUCAGAGGCGCCAAGAUCAAGCCUGCUGUCUUGCAGAUUGAGCACCACCCAUACUUGCAACAGAAGAAAUUGGUGGAGUGGGUCCAGUCUAAGGGCAUUGCCAUCACCGCAUACUCCUCUUUCGGCCCUCAGUCUUUCCUUGAGUUGGACAACAAGGGUGCACAGAGCGUGCCAGGCUUGUUUGAUCACAAGGACAUUGUCAGCAUCGCCAAGAAGCACGACAAGACCCCAGCUCAGGUAUUGUUGAGAUGGGCUACCCAGAGAGGCAUUGCUGUGAUUCCAAAGUCCAACAAGACAGAACGUUUGGUGCAGAACUUGACCAUCAACGACUUCACUCUCACGGACGACGACCUCGCUGCCAUCGCCAAGUUGGACAUGGGCUUGAGAUUCAACGACCCAUGGGACUGGGACAAGAUUCCCCUCUUUGUGUAA